CCAGAGACGAAAGCUCAUUGUCGGAUUGGGGAAACAAGUAGCAUGCAGCACAGUCAGUCCGCUGUGACCCUUGGCGCGAACAAGGGGUCAUGGGCCGAUAUCAAGAAGGAGGAAGGUAUGCGCAAGCGGUCGAAUACAGCGCAGAAUCUGCAGUUUUACGUCGAAGAGCAAAAACGAUUGUAUCAUGAAUUGCCGUUCAUGGCGCUGCCGGGGAUGCGACGACAGAGUUUUCAACGCGAACGAAGCUUUUCCAACAUCAAGUCGAGGAGCUCAUGGGGAAGUUUCACCAACUUGGUCGGACAAUCCCAAGGCGAAGGCCAAGCGUUGUUGGGCGAGCCCCGCGGCGAACCGGGGUACACUGUCCCGCUCUUGCUCUCGUGCUGCGUCGCGCUUGUGAGUGCGUUCCAGUUUGGGUACAACAUCGGCGUUACGGGGGCGUUGAACACCGACUUUAUCUUCCCGGAAGCCGUCAAGUCGACGACGCAAAAGAACUUGGAAUGGUCUAUCGUCGUAUCGAUCUUUGCGAUCGGCGGGCCGAUCGGGUCGCUGGUCGCUGGUCAGAUCAGUCAAACGUACGGACGCAAGAAGGCGCUGAUCUUCGACUCGUUCUUGUUCAUUUUGGCGGGUGGACUCAUGGCGUUCGCCAACAACAUUUACUGGCUCAUGGCUGGCCGCUUCCUCGUUGGUUUUGCCGCCGGGACUGUCAGUGUCGUUGUGCCGCUCUACUUGGGUGAACUCGCCCCUCCCAACUUGCGAGGGGCUUUGGGCACGGGGUACCAAUUCGGUGUUGUCCUGGGUAUCUUGGCAGCUGACGUUCUUGCGUUUGGCUUUUCCGAUGUGAGCGAUGGCUUCGCCCAUCCCGGCUGGCGCUUCAUGUUCGGCUUUACGGCCAUCCCGGCCUUGCUUCAACUCGCGCUCGCGUCGUUCUUGACGGAGUCGCCACGUUGGUUGCUGACGCAAAACAAGCCCAAGGAGGCUGCUGAAAUCUUGCGCCGUCUGCGUGGCACCGCCGACGUUUAUGAAGAAAUCGAUAGCAUUUGCUCUGCCAGCGACAACGAAUCGUCCGACAUGACGGUGUGGGAAGUGCUCUCGGACAAGAGCAUUCGGUUCCCUCUGAUUGUUGGCAUUGCUCUGCAAAUUGCACAACAAUUGAGCGGGAUCAACGCCGUGAUGUUUUACGCCAACUCGUUCUUCAAGGGCGUGCACUUGGCCAACCCGUUGGUGGGGGCCACCUUGGUCGGUGCCAUCAACGUCAUCUCCACGGGGGUUGCCCUCGUCCUCAUGGACACGGCCGGCCGGUACAGAUUCGCAUCAAUUGUUGUGUGCACGCCCUCAAACGUGUCGCUGUAGGCGCCCGUUGCUUCUCUGGUCGUGCGGCGGUAUGAUUGUAUCGUGCAUCCUCUUGACGCUUGGACUGUGGCACAUGCUCCCAUACUACGACAUGGUGAGCGUCGGCGGCGUCAUGCUGUUUGUGUGGUUCUUUGAGAUUGGUCUUGGUCCGAUCCCUUGGCUCAUCGUCGCAGAGAUGUUCCCCGCCAAGCCGCGCCCGACCGCUAUGUCGGUGGCGACCAUGGUCAACUGGACGUUCAGCUUUGUCGUCGGGAUUGCGUUCCCCACGAUGCAGUCGUCGUUGCUCGAGAACACGUUCGUCCCGUUUGGCAUUGUGCUCACGAUCGCGUUUAUCUUUGUGUACAAGUACGUGCCUGAAACCAAGGGCAAGACGCUCGAAGAAAUCCAGCAAGACAUGACCAAGAUGUGACCAAGUACUGGAUCGCCCCCCUGCAAAAGUGUGACGUUGUGCAAGGAACAUUGUUUUCACCACUUUUGAUGCGUUUUGUUUUCGUUCCGGUGGCAAAUGACGAAGCCGUAUGCCAACAUGGAUCGAUCUCAUCGGCCCUUCCAUGUUGAUAUAGUGACCGCUCCACUUUGCUUGCAGAUGAAUUCAUGUCUUGGUGAAUCAUCGCGGCUAGGCAAAGGUAGAUUUCAGAACGACCGGAACACACUCGAUACAUCCUGCAUUCGAGGCACCACCCCAUGUGCAGUGGUUGCCGUCAAGAAGAGACUCCGCACAUUGAAUUGCAAUCGUCGUUGGUGGAGUAGACGUCCGAUUGAGCGCGUCAUGCAGCGAAAGACGACGUGCUCAGCUGUGCCGCCCGUCCUGGAGAGUGCCAUGUCUGAAGUUUACCGGCAAACUCAGCGUCCAGUGCAUGCAGGAUGCAGCCCAGUUCAUCAUAUGCAUA